UACCACUAUAACCUCAAAGCCACACUGAGUACACGAGGGUUAUCGUUGUAUUUAUUUGUGUAAAAAAUAUAUAAUUAUUAUUUUAGCCUUAUAUUAAUAUUAAAAAUACAUUGAAUUACAAGCCUUGACUGUGUAGUGAAUAUAAAGUAGAUAAAACAAUGGGGAAGCGUAAAGGAAAAUGUGUGAAGAAAAAUACGGUGACUAAAGAGGCUUUGGAGCCCGAGCAUUUGGUGAAGGCGCCUCACUCGUUCGUGAUACACCGCGGCCACUGCAGCAAGGACCUUAUAGACCUUACUAAGGAUAUUAGGAAGGUGAUGGAACCCUUCACAGCGUCACAACUUAAGGAAAGAAAGAAAAACACAAUAAAGGACUACCUAUCAGUGUCAGGGUAUCUGCAUGUGUCACACAUGAUCACGUUGACAGAGACGGAGCUCGGAUCCUACAUGAGGCUCGCUAGACUGCCCCGAGGACCGACUCUUACAUUUCGACUACAUAACUACAGUUUAGCUCGUGACGUGGUGUCAUCCCUCCGUAAGCAGUAUGUGAUGAUGAAGGCCUUUCAGAAUGCUCCCCUCGUAGUCCUCAACUCCUUCUCUGGCGAAGGCAUGCACAUCAAAUUGAUGGCGACCAUGUUUCAGAAUAUGUUCCCUACAAUCAAUAUUACUACUGUGAAACUGAAGAACAUUCGUCGGUGUGUGCUUAUGAACUACAACCCCACAACAAAGCUUAUUGACAUGCGCCAUUACGUGAUUAGAGCUACGCCUGUUGGACUUAACAAGGGCACCAAGAAGAUGGUGCAAGGAAAAAUACCCAAUCUGAACAAAUGUAAAGAUAUGUCCGAAUUCUUUGACAAAGCCGGAAUGCUAUCGGAGAGCGAGUUCGAAGACGACCCCAACGCGCAGAUAGUGCUCCCGCAGACGCUGGCCAGCCGCGGCGCCGCACAAGACUCCAAGUCUGCCAUCCGACUGUACGAACUCGGACCCAGGAUCUCCAUGCAACUUAUAAAGGUAGAAGAUGGACUAAUGGAUGGAGAAGUAUUGUUCCACGAGUUGGUCGAGAAGACAGAAGACGAGAAAGCGCUCAUUAAGAAAAAGAGGGAAGAAAAGAGACGACAGAAGGAAAAACGAAAAGCACAGCAAGAAGAGAAUGUCAAACGCAAGUUGGAAAAGAAGGAGGAGCUCAAACAGAAGGCACUUGAAGGCAUCAAGAAGAAGCAGGAACAGACUGAAAGCCAGAGGUUAAUGGAGCUAGCGGCGGCGGAGUCCCAGACUGCCGAUAUGGAUGAAGACGAUGAUGAUGAUGCGGAGUACUAUAGGAAGGAAGUCGGCGCUGAGCCGGAGAAAGAUUUGUUCACCAAAAAUCCUAGAAAAAGGAAAGCAGACGAUGACGGCACAGCCCGUGGCUUCAAAAAAGUAAGGUUAGAUAAAAAACUACAGAAAAAAUAUCAGAAAAACCAAGAUGGUGGCAAAGUUCAACAUAACCAAGAAGGUAACAGGAGGUUCCAGAACAAAGACGGGAAUAGAAAGUUCCAGAGAGCUCAAGACGGGAACAAAAAGUUCCAAAGAGGUCAAGACGGGAACAAAAAGUUCCAGAGAGGACAAGACGGGAACAAGAAGUUCCAGAGAGGUCAAGACGGGAACAGGAGGUUCCAGAGAGGUCAAGACAAGAACAAGAAAUUCUCUAGAAGUCAAGAUGGAAACAAAAAACGAACGAAAGGCAAAGGGAAGGGCAGAAAAUGAUAAAUAAAUAAUUGUUAUAAAUAUUUUAUUGAUUAUUUUUUAUAAAUAACAGUCGAUAAGGAACAUGUAAAUAAAAAAAUAAAAGUAUUGAUUUCCAGAUCAA